GGAAUAAGCAUCCUCUAUUAAUAAAAAUAUAUAUAUAUACAGUUUACACCAGAUUAAAAUAAUUCAAAGGAUUAUUUUACGUUACAAUUAUAUAAGACCUCUUUCAAUUUAUUUCAUACAAUUUAUCCAUAUUUUUUAAGGAAAUUGGAUCAAUAAAUUUCACUUGAAGGAUGUUACAAAUUCAUAAUACAAAAUUUAUCUUGCGUUUCCUUAAAGUGUCCAAAGUACUUCCUAGCGUCAAACCAAAAUACUGUAACAGUUCACAUUUAUGUGUGCAAGGAAAAUAAGCGUUUUUUAAUAUGCACUCUGGUUGAUUUAGAAUUUCUUAUACAAUAGUGAUUGUAAGAUUUAUUGGACUGGAAAAAAAAUCUUUACUUCAGUUAAAUCAACGUGGACAUUUAAUGAUAUUCCCUGCAAACGAAAAGGAAGGUAUGUAAAUCAAGAAUACACGUUACCAUUCCUCAUGAUUUUAAGAUAUUCGAAAACGAAACUUUGAAAAUUUUUACUAAUCUUUUUUUUUUUUUUUUUUUUUUACCAGAUUUCAAUCUAAAAACAAUACUUUCAAACAAUAAUUCUGUACACGAAUAAUUCGGUCUCCGCUCAAUAGAAUAUCUUUACAAUAUGCUUCACCUAUAUGGCGGACCGGCUUCCGGGUAUUAUAUAGGUAAAAUUUAAAAGUUUUUGAUAGAAAUUACAGGGAAUGGGCCAACUCGGUGGAAAUUCUAUAUGAUCCUUCAUUACAAUCGCCUACUAUUGGACGGAAGUUAAAUUGUCAUGAUCAGUUCAAACCAUCCGUCACAAAAUGUAAAAAAGGAAAAUUUAGCUCCACGCAUGCCCACAAUAUACACCGGAAUUUCGUAUCUGCCGAUGAGUGUAUGCCGUAGGUGAAAACUUUCCGAAAAACUUUAAUCAUUCAUGGUUUUCUGUGAAAAUUUUUAAUGGUCAGCUUCAAUAAAUAUAAGUGCUAGGCAAUCUAAGGAUUGUCGUUCUUGAGUUGCGCCAUCAACUCAUACCCAUUAAACCCCGAGAAACGAUCCACAACGAUGCGAUGGGAGAAUCCUUGUUUUCAACACACGCGAACAAGCUCCAUUUCGCUACCACCCGCUGAUAUACCACUCAAAGAUGCCUUACAACAAUUAUAUCGAAAAGCUAACCUACAAAAGGAAGUGGCACAAGUCCUCAUGAAGAGAUAUAUCCCUACUCAGGGUAGCAGGAUAACGAACGGUUUUCUGAUUGAAUACCUAAAGACGGCUAACAUGGAAGGAUUAGAAUUUGUUGAAGAAUCUUCUCAAAGUGCCAACUGUGGAAAUAAUAUAUCGGCAUCUCUACUGAAUGAUUACAAACACCUCUCAACUCUGGCAGUGUUUCUAGAAAAGAUGGUGGAGGAUGAGAUGUACUUUGAGCACGCAGAGCUUUACGAUUUUAUGGCACCCGUACAAGAGAAACUAUAUGAACUUAUGUGCGAUAUGCAUACUACCAUCUAUACGGUUGUGAAUGCCACUAUUUCAAAUCACGUGACUCGUGACGUCAUGAUCGAUGAUCUGAGGGGCAUGUCUAACGAACGAUCCAGCAGAUUUUACAGAGAUUAUACAAUUGUGAAUAAGGACAUUGAAUUUCUUUCGCAAUUUUCACAGAAAUAUUUAAAUAUAUCCAAAAGUCUUUCAUGAUUUGAAUACUCAUUGAAUCCAUUUGUUUUAUUUUUAUAUGUAUGAGACUAACUAGGAAAAAAGCCUACUUUUUAUAGUAUUUUAUGUAUGUUACAUCACGUUUGGAUGUUUGGACGUUGUAUUUUACAUUUUAGUUUUCAUUUAUACAAUGUGGUUAUUAUUUUGUUGGGAUACCUCAUCUAUAUUUUACAAAUUGUGCAAUGUUUUUUUUAUUUUAAAUCUAUUUACAUAUCUUUGUUUAUCUGACAUUAUAUUUUACCAGAUAUACAAAUAGAUAUCUUGGUGCGUAAAAGCUGUGAUGAAUUGUAGUUUUAGUGUGCUUUAUAGUAGACACCAUGUUGUAAAACUUUACGCCUAUGCAACAACUUAUAUGUUUUGAAAUAAAUCUUUUUAUUAGC